AUGAACUCGUCUGAUGAAGAAUUUUUUGUUUCUCCAACCGUUCACAAUCACUUUUUCGGAAAAAAGAAAGUUAUUGGAAUACAUCCAAUAAAUUUGCAAAGACGUAAAAAUGGCGAGUUUCAGCAUCUUUAUUAUGAUUUACGAAAAUAUCCUGAUAGGUUCUACGCCUACACUAGAAUGUCAAUUGAAACUUUUGACCAUGUUCUCAGUCGAAUAGAGUCGAAAAUUACUAAGGAAUGGACAAAUUUUAUAAAAACUCCUAUAUUUCCAUGUGAAAAACUGAUCAUCACUCUCAGGUUUUUGGCAACAGGUGCAUCAUUUUCUGCGUUAGGAUUUUCUUUCCGGAUUGGUAGAACAACCGCUGGAGCUAUAGUGAAGGAAACAUGUACCGCUUUAUGGGAUGAAUUAUUCCCGGAUCAUAUGCCUGCGCCAUCCGAGGAAACAUUUUUGAGAAUUUCUAACGACUACUGGAAUUUGUGGAACUUUCCUAAUUGCAUUGGUGCUCUCGAUGGGAAGCAUAACAAAAAAUCAAGAACCGUGGAACAGCCUGUGUUUGGAUAUCGGCACAGUAUCGACUUGGAUGUGUUGCUGAAGCAGCAAGCAGAGCAGAGCCGUCUAGCGUUGGUUUUUCCGGAUUCGAUUGGAUCGUUACCUCUUCGGAACAUUGCUGUUAUCGUUCCUGAUCAUUUGGAUGAGAGUCAACAAAGCUAA